AUUAGACUGCCAGAGUGUUAAAAAUGAAAUUUUUAAUAUUUCUCGUUGUGCUAGUUUGCUUCGAUGAAAAUGUUAAAGGUGAAAUAUCAACGACUCUGCCAGAGUUAUUACGUCGAUGCUACGAAAGCGGAUACAAUAAUGUUGCCAAUCCGCCAUUAUCCAUACCGGUACUAAUUGAAUUAAUUAGGAAAAUUGAGAUGGAUUCAAAAAAUACAUUUAAUUUGCGUCUAUUAUCAUCUGCUUUAUUGCAUGGGGUACAGUUGGACGGAAUAAGAAAACAAAAUGCUAUCAAAGAUUAUAUUCAAUAUGCAGCGACAGGACCACAAUUUUACAAAUACAAACUUGUAACGCAAUAUUUAACGUCUAUGACAGAAUUUUACAAUGAUACACUUUCCACUGAUGAAUUAUGUUUUUUGCAUAAAAUGAUCUCCAACUCAAUUGACCCCACAGAAGUUGAUCCAACGUGUAGUUUUCAAGCUACAAUGCCUUUAGAAUUUCAUGAGUCCAGUGAUACCACAAUAAAUUGUCAAUAUAAAAUGGGUACGGUAAAAUCAAAUUGGGGUCCAAUAUCCCCCGGCCAACUUAUAAUAGGUAUAGCCUCGGCCAUGGAGCAAUCCGAUGUCUCGUUCCAGCAGCUUCGUAAAGUUUUUCUCUUCAAAAUGAAAACUUUGGGUUCGACGUCGGAUAAAAUUAGUUUGUGGUCAUCGACGAUUGCCGGCGAUCUCGCAAUGGUGAUUCUUAGCCAGAUGAGCCUCAAUUUGGAGAUCGGUGAUGAGGGUUUUUGGAAUGACACCGCCUUACCCAGGCGGUAUUAUUUGAAUUCUGUGGCGAAUUUAACCGAAGGCGACAUCCUUGGGGGAAUCGAUGCCACCAUUAUUGCUUUAAACAUACAGAAAUGGGUUAAGCAAAUCAAUUCUUUAAGAUUGUCACAAGUUAUUGACAUGUAUUACUCUACCAGAGGGGUUACUUUUGAUAACACAAUACAUUCUGGAAACCGAGCUAGCACAAUCAAUUUUUUAAGACAAUCUGUUAAUCUUGAAAAUCAGGUACUUGAAACGGCCAAAUUACUUAUACAAAUGGGCUUUCAACCAAAUGGAUCACCCAAUGAAGAUGACUUAGUUAAGUUAGCCCAAGCAGCAGUGGAAACAUUUACAAAAAAGUCAGAUGAUAUAUUGAGGAAGUAUGAUAACAUAGAGCCUAUAACAAAUAACGAAGUUAAAUCUGCAGUAGAGUUAAUUGUAAUUUUAGACAACUCCUAUGAUUCGUAUACGUCACAAAGAUUUUUAAGUAUGCUCUCAGAGAGUCUUCAAAUAUCAUAUUAUGGAAGUCAAAUGGGCAUUAUAAACGGAGAAACAGGUUCUUGGAUUUCAAAUGUUACAACUGAAAUAUAUGGUCUUUUUCAAGGGAUAGGGGAAAAUUUAUAUAAGUGGCCGUCUCGACUGGAUUUGAAUAAGAGCUUGAAAACUGCAAUACGAUUUUAUCAAAAUAAAACAAAUGCGAAUUGCACGGCAGGCGCAAAACCAAUGGCAAAAUCGAUAAUAAUCCUAAGUAAAGAUGGUAGAAUAACUGAUGUGGAUAAAUCCGAGGCCCAAUUUUCCAUAAAAGCAAUAAAAGAUGCAUAUCCUGAGUGCAAUUUAAUCUACGUUACACCAGACGAAAAUGGGUUUUUCAGGGAAUUGUCAACGAUAUACAAAAAUGAUUCCGUCGUAGACCUGUCAAGCGACAUAUCAGCCCUAGUCAACGAAUUAUUCAACAAGCUCAACAACGUCCCAGCAAGCAUUGUUAAUUUUUACUGCAACCAAAUUAGCGUCAGAUUUGAGGACUUUAUCACACCCGCAGUCGAAUCAUUUUACGAAAUUCACGAAGAAUAUAUUAAACGACGGCAGUUUGUCACCAAGUUUACAAACUACGAUCUAGGAAGUCUGCAUAUAUGCUAUACAGGAUCAAGUCCAGUAAAAACAUGUCGAUCAUUAAAGCUAGACGAAGAGGUUGUGUACAGCUCUUCUGAUAUAUGCCCCGAAGAUACAUCGUGUAAUAUACAUUUUUUUCUGUAUGCCAACUCAUCUACAAACAAAUGUACAGGUAAUGAAUGCAGAUACCCGGACCAAGUGAGAGUUGGGAUAAGUAUGUAUUCGGGAGCUGCGUGGAAGGGCGCCAUUAUGUUGUUAGUUAUUAUUAGUACCAUUAUUAAUAUUAUUUAAUUAUAAAAAUA